AUGGUUAAAUUUACGGUAGAUGAGUUGCGUCGAAUGAUGGAUUGUAAGCGGAACAUCCGCAAUAUGUCUGUUAUAGCGCACGUAGAUCAUGGAAAAUCGACCUUAACUGACUCACUUGUAUGUAAAGCUGGUAUCAUAGCUGAUUCGCGUGCUGGUGAUGCUCGGUUCACUGACACGCGGAAAGAUGAACAAGAACGGUGUAUUACAAUCAAGUCGACGGCUAUCAGUUUAUAUUACGAAAUGUCGGAGGAAGACAUACAGUGUGUAAAAGCGGUCCAACCACUAGCUGUUAACGCCGAAGGGAAGGAAGAGAAAGGAUUUUUGAUAAAUCUUAUAGACUCACCGGGACACGUAGAUUUUUCUUCGGAAGUCACUGCAGCUCUGCGUGUUACUGAUGGUGCCUUAGUCGUAGUGGACUGUGUGUCAGGUGUAUGCGUACAAACUGAGACCGUGUUGCGUCAAGCUCUCACCGAACGCAUUAAACCAGUGUUAUUUAUGAAUAAGAUGGAUAUGGCGGUCACAACUUUGAGCUGUGAAAUGGAGGAGCUAUAUCAAAAGUUCCAGAGAGUGAUCGAAGACGUCAACGUUAUCAUUUCAGAGUUUGAAACUGCUAAUUCUGCAAUGGGUGACCUUUCUGUAGAUGUAGUAAAAGGGACUGUUGGCUUUGGUUCCGGUUUGCAGAGUUGGGCCUUCACUCUGAUGACUUUUGCCAGACUGUACGCCAGUAAAUUCAAAAUAGAACCCAACAAGCUUGUUGAACGACUUUGGGGUGACAACUUUUAUAAUACAAAAACAAAAAAGUGGACGAAACAAAAACCAGCUAGUGAUGGUGUUCGUGGAUUCAAUCAGUUUGUACUGUCUCCUAUUUACAAGAUUUUUGAAACUAUCAUGAAGAAAACUAAGGAAGAGCAAACAGAACUUCUUACUAAGAUGGGAAUAGUUCUAAAUGAAGCGGAAAGCUCUCUCCCUGAUAAACAGCGAUUAAAAACAGCACUCCAUAAGUGGCUACCAGCCGGUGAUUCGCUACUGCAGAUGAUAUGCAUUCACCUACCCAGUCCGGUUGCUUCACAACAAUACAGAACAGAAAUGCUUUACGAAGGGCCUUUAGAAGAUGAAGCGGCUAUUGCUAUGAAAAACUGUGAUCCAAAAGGCCCCGUAAUGAUGUACAUUAGUAAAAUGGUCCCGACUUCUGAUAAGGGUCGUUUCUACGCCUUCGGUCGUGUGUUUUCUGGUACAAUCGCCACAGGUCAAAAAGUGAGGAUAACAGGUCCUAAUUACGUUCCGGGGAAAAAAGACGAUCUGUACGAAAAGUCUAUCCAACGAACUGUGCUUAUGAUGGGUCGUUACACAGAAGCGAUUGAAGACGUGCCUUGCGGUAACAUUUGUGGGUUAGUAGGUGUAGAUCAAUUCAUUGUUAAAACGGGAACAAUCACCACAUUUGCGGGGGCCCACAAUUUAAAACAGAUGAAAUUUAGCGUCAGUCCUGUCGUACGCGUUGCCGUUGAGUGUCAGAAUCCAGCUGAUCUACCGAAGCUCGUUGAAGGUCUAAAACGCCUAGCCAAAAGUGAUCCAAUGGUUCAGAUAACAACUGAAGAGUCUGGCGAGCAUAUUAUAGCUGGUGCAGGCGAACUGCAUCUCGAAAUUUGCUUGAAGGACCUAGAAGAGGAUCAUGCCUGUAUUCCUCUGAAAAAGACAGACCCAGUCGUCUCGUAUCGUGAAACAGUGACGGAGGAGUCAAGUAUACAAUGCCUAUCAAAGUCUCCCAAUAAACACAAUCGUCUGUUCAUGCGUGCUUGCCCUUUAACAGAAGAACUGGCAGAAGAUAUUGAUGCUGGCAAGGUAAAUAUUCGUCAAGAUUUGAAAGAUCGAGGCCGUUAUUUAGCUGACAAUCACAAUUGGGAUCCCACGGAAAGCAGAAAAAUAUGGUGUUUUGGCCCUGAAAACACAGGUCCAAACGUAGUUGUUGAUACUACCAGAGCAGUGCAGUACCUAAAUGAAAUUAAAGACAGUGUCGUUAGUGCGUUCCAGUGGGCAACCAAGGAAGGUGUUUUGUGUUCCGAAAACAUGCGUGGUGUUCGUGUUAAUCUUGAAGAUGCAGUAUUACAUGCGGACGCUAUCCAUCGUGGGGGUGGUCAGAUUAUACCUACGGCACGUCGGUGUUUCUAUGCCUGUUUCCUCACUGCAAAACCUGGAAUACUAGAGCCUGUUUAUUUAGUUGAAAUCCAAGGCCCAUGUGUUGCGAUGGGUGGCAUCUACAGCACUCUGAACAGAAAGCGAGCUGUAACAAUAUCAGAAGAACGAAAAUCCGACAGCCCAAUGUGCAUCAUCAAAGCUUAUUUGCCUGUUAACGAAUCAUUCGGCUUCACAACAGAUCUACGUGCUGCGACUGGUGGCCAGGCAUUCCCUCAAUGCGUCUUUGACCAUUGGCAGCCUUACCCUGGUGAUCCACUUGACCCAAGCUCGAAACCCGGUCAGGUAGUUUUGGAAACCAGAAAACGCAAGGGUCUCAAUGGGGUGUUCCAUCUUUAG